CGCAAAGGCUGCUGGUACUCGGCUGUCAUGGCUCCGGACGUAAACAGAAACCUAAAUGAAUAACGACACAUUUCGUUGUAUUUCAUAGCAGAAUUAGCUGCAGAUACAUUUUAACUGUAUUUAUCAGCCGGGGAAACCAGUGCCAGGUACUGUUCAAGGUUCAAGUCGCUACAGCGUGACUUACAUUCACUUAAUUUGCUCAAAAUGUUUGGUUUUCUUUUUGCUAGCCAGCUAGCUGCUAACAGCAAAAGCAUGACAGCGUGAUUCUGGUGUUUUCCUCUUGGCUGCAACAGCGACUUCAAGACUCCUACAGCCACAGCAACACGUGUUAAGAGUUUCUCCAAAACAAAUGUCUGUUUCACAGGGAGUAACAUGUCCGGGGGGAACAAAGCCAUUGAGUUACAGCUUCAGAUGAGGCAAAAUGCGGAGGAUCUGCACAGCUUCAUGACGGAGCUGGAGAGCUGGGAGACAGACAUCAAGAGGAGGGACGAGGAGCUGAGGACGGGAGGACCUCAGGGAGACCAGAACAAGCUCCCACCUGUGCGCAACAAAGACUACAAAACAAAGAUGAGGGAAAGGAAGAAGAAGAAGGAGCCAACAGGCAAUGGUGACGCAAAGAUGGAGGGAUCUCAGGAUGCCUCAAGGAUAAAAGCAUACGACUACAGAUCAUGGGACAAGUUUGACGUGGACAAGGCCCUGGCAGAGAUGGAUAAGGAGGAAAGUCCUGCAGAGUCAAAUGAGUCAGACUCAGAGGAAGCUGCAGCUGACAAAGAGAAAGCAUUGGCUGAGAAAGAAAAGGGUAACGCUUUUUUCAAAGAUGGGAAUUACGAGGAUGCCAUUGAGUGUUACACCAGAGGGAUGGGUGCAGAUCCUUACAACCCGGUGCUUCCCACAAACCGAGCCACCUCCUUCUUCAAACUCAAAAAGUAUGCUGUAGCAGAAUCAGACUGCAACCUAGCGAUAGCUCUGGAUAGCAACUACUUCAAAGCGUAUGCACGGAGAGGAGCAGCACGGUUUGCACUGAAUAAAUAUGAUUCUGCAUUAGAAGAUUAUGAGAUGGUUCUAAAGCUGGACCCUGGGAAUGUGGAAGCACAGAAUGAAGUGAAGAAAAUCAAAGAGAUUGUGGGACAGCAGGAACCGGCUGUUCUGACUGGAGCCACACAGACGCAGGAGGCUCCAGCAGUGGACCCUGAGCAGCAGAGACGGGUGGAGGAGCAGCAGAGACGACAGGAGGCGGCGAUACAGAAAGACAGAGGGAAUGCUUAUUUCAAAGAGGGUAAAUAUGAAGCUGCUGCUGAGUGCUACAGCAGAGGCAUGGAGGCAGACAGCAUGAACGUCCUGCUGCCUGCUAACAGAGCCAUGGCAUUCCUCAAGCUGGAGAAGUAUAAGGAGGCGGAGGAGGACUGCACCAGAGCCAUCUCUCUGGACAAAACUUACUCCAAGGCUUUCGCCCGUCGUGCCACCGCCAGAGUGGCUUUAAGGAAACUGGAGGAGGCCAAACAAGAUUUUCAGGAGGUCUUAAAACUGGAACCAGGGAACAAGCAGGCCCUGAAUGAGCUCCAGAAACUCCAGAUUGACGUGGCUUCCAGCGGCCUUCUUCAACCAGCAGACGGCUCACAGAGGAGAACAGUUCAGCCAAUAGACAAACCAACACACCUACGAUCUACUAAACCUCUGAGGAGGAUCGAUAUUGAGGAAGUGAGUGGAAAGGUGACCGUGUCUGAGGUCGAGUCAGCUGGGUCCAAGUCCUUCAUCCAGGAAGUGAUGAGAGAGUCGGAGGACCAAUCAUCUCCACUGUCAACAUCACCCAGCGCCAAGAUGAUCAAGAUCGAGGAGAUAGCAGAAGUUCCUUCCAAAUCAUCUGAGCAACUGAGUGUUCGCAGACAGACCAAACAAGCGGAGCAGGAGAAAAUGGUUCAUCCUCCUAAAUGUCCAGAAAGCUCCUCCUCCACAGAAACAGACCUGCCUCCUCCACCCAGCAGCAGCUUCCAGCUGGAGGCCGACCUCCGCAAGAUCGGGAACCAACCCCAAGUCAUUUACAGAUAUCUGAGGCAAAUCAAACCCGAGGCGUACACUAACAUUUUCCACAACUCCCUUGAACCUGACAUUCUCAAUCAGAUCCUGAAGACGCUGCAUAGUUUCUAUAUCAAGAAUGAAGCCCCGAGCACAACGCUGGAGAUCCUCAGGAGUCUAGCGAGUGUGAGACGCUUCGACAUGGCUGUCAUGUUCCUGUCUUCCCAGGAGAAGAAAGUGCUUAAAGAACUGUUCGACUUCCUUCACGGUGCGGGGCUGGAGGGCUCGUCUGUCACAGUCGUACAGAAGAAGUAUGGUGUGUGACGCGCUUUAAACAACACAGUUCUACCUUCUUCUUCAACCAAACAUAUAGUUAUAUUCUAAUACCGAAUAAAGUUACAUUUAAUUCAGUUUCAUCAAAUUGGACUGUUGUGUUAUGGCCCUGUCAAAAUAUGUCACAUAUUUUCUCUCUUCAUUACUGCCCUACAAAGUCUAACUGCAGUAACUACAUUUUGGUCAAAAUUGAUUUAUUACUAAAAAUGAACCCCUUGAUAUCUGUUUUAUCUUAUGACAAAGUUUUAGAUUUCAAUUUUGCUUUAUUUCAGAGAAAUAAUGAUAUAAAAAACACAAAAUCAAACUCAAAACCAAGCAGUAAUUGCACUUACCACCGUCUGCUUUGGAUAUAUAUAUAAUAAUUUAAACAUAAAACAAAAGCAGUGUAGCCUUGUAUUUCUUCAUUGUGUUGAAUUGUGAAAACAAGAAUAUUAGAAAUUAUAAGUUUAUUUGAUAGGGAAAUUAUUAUCUAGAUAGUGAUGACGUAAAAAAGUGAGAUAAAAUGAUAUUAAGACCAAAAUAUAACAUUUCUUUAUAAUACAUAAGUCUAAAAUACACAAUAGAGUUGUUAAACACUUUUAAAUACACUGUUAACAAAAUCAAUUUGAAAAUGUUUUUUCACUGAAAACUAAAUAUUAAAGCUGAAAGAAGACAACAACAUUGUAGUUACUGCACUCUGGUUUUGCAUUGCUUUACAUACAUAUAUAUAUAUAACCAAUUUGGCUGAGCAGUUAAAAAACUUUGAAGCAGAUUUUCUUAGUUUUACCCUUUGCGUAGUAACUGCAGUUAGACAUUGUAGGGCAGAUUACUCUGCAUUUAUUUGAAGUUGGAAAUUCACAAAUUGUAGAUUGUUACUCUGACGUUGGUGCAUUUUAGUGUUAAAGGAUUACUUUCAGCCACAAAAUGAUCAUUUGUGUAUCAAUAACCCACCUCAUAUUACUUUAAAUUCUUGAAGGAAAGUGUUUUUCUGACAUGCCUCCACAGUGAACGAGGAAUCCAAAGAUGGAGUAAAUUGUUGAUGAAUUUAAUUAAAUGGAGGUCAUGUUUAAUGGCAAAACUGCAUCAAAACAUCAGUUUACAAACACAUUUAUUUAGUUGUAUGCUCACUUCUUCUCAAAUGUGCAUUUUUGCUGAAAUCUUACUAUUUAAAACACUUCAGCAUUAACCCUCUGGGCCCACUCUAAUUUUGGGCCCUUUCAGGCCCUUUGGGCUGAAAAUGUCCACUUCCAACAAAACGCUAUAAAAUCAUGGCCGACAUGUCAUUUGCAGUAUCACAGACAAAAUUAUUGCCAAACGUGAAAGUGAAAAAUGACUGAAAUGGCUGAAAAUGUCCACAGUGGACCCAGAGGAUUAACUGUUUCAUAUUAACACAGAUUAAGUGAGUAAUUUAUCUCCAAAUGGUCACGUUUUGGGUGAGGUACUCCUUUUAAGGCUUAUAAAAACAGAGACCUCCAGUGUGGAAUGCAAAGGCUAAUGUCAUUAAUGGUACUUGAAAUCAUCUGUAACUUUACUGUGUAAAUGGAUGUUUAACCAUUUACUGUAUUAAUGUUUGAGCAUGCAAUUCUGUUAAACCGUUAUCUUGCCAGUUACUGCAUCUUAUAGAGGAUUACACUCCAACUAGAAGGAAUGUUCUUUUAGGAGGAAGUGUGAAUUUCCAACUUUUCAAUACUUUUUGAAAGCGGCGCAAUUAUGGACUGGUCUCUGUGAGUACUCUGUUCUGUCUGAAUGUUCCUCAAGUUCUGCCAAAAAUACCCCCACACACACAAUUAUUGGCUAAACUGGCUUGGUUGAUUGUAGCGAACUGUGUGAAAGAUGAAAGUAUCUUUUCAGAAACUGAACAACAAAUAAAGGAGGGUUUUUUUUUGUAA